UCCCCCCUAAACAUGGCGGACGAUCUCUGUUUCUUCAACAAGGAUAGCUUGAUCCUUAAGCCUCCGAAGAAGUCUACAUUGUUGUUGAGAAUGGUGGUCUUGAUAUUUUCAAUGGUUUGCGGAGUAUAUAUAUGUUCUAUAUGUCUUAGGCAAAUUAGUUCCCGGUCCACUGCGCGGUUGUUAAGUGUGGAAGUGGUGAGGCCCUGCGAGCCACCUGACGUCGAGCCUUCAGAAAAACCUUUUGUGCACUUCCCCAAACCUAAAACUUUUCGCAGGGCCGAAUGUGCAUGCCAUCCUGUUCGAAAUUUUGCAAUUUUGUCCACACAAAGAUCAGGAAGUGGAUGGUUUGAGACAUUGUUAAACAGUCAUAUCAACAUAAGUUCAAAUGGGGAGAUUUUUUCUGUUAAACCCCGGAGGGCUAAUGUUUCAACAAUAGUUGAAACUUUAGAUAAACUCUACAAUCUAGAUUUUUUCACUAGUGCUUCCAAGAAUGAGUGCACUGCUGCUGUUGGAUUGAAGUGGAUGCUUAAUCAGGGUCUAAUGCAGAAUCAUGAAGAAAUAGUACAAUACAUCAACGAUAAAGGAGUUUCCAUAAUUUUUCUCUUCAGAAGAAAUCUUUUGCGCAGGAUGAUCUCUAUACUUGCAAAUUCUUAUGAUCAAAAUGCCAAGCUACUGAAUGGAACACACAAAUCACAUGUGCAUUCUCACCAGGAGGCUGAGAUACUUGCAAGAUACAAGCCCACAAUCAAUGCAACAUUGCUGAUACCGAACCUGAGGCAAGUAGAAGAGAUGGUUACUAAAGCUUUAGAAUACUUCAAGAGCACUAGACAUAUCGUCCUCUAUUAUGAGGACAUAAUAAAAAACCGAACUAAACUGAUGGACGUUCAAGACUUUCUGAGGGUUCCAAAAAUGGAGCUCAACAGUCGUCAGAUAAAAAUACACAGAGGAUCCUUGUCUUCCCAGGUUGAGAAUUGGGUAGACGUUGAAAAGGCACUGAAGGGAACUCCGUACGAGAGCUUCCUACAAGCUGAUUAUAGGGUGUAGAUUUUCAUGCUGUGUGUAAAUAUAGCACGGCCCUUUUUUUUUUUUUCUUUAUUACCUUUAAUCAUUUCAUUCAUUAUUUUUGGUUAGCAGAAGCUAACAGGGCAGCACCCUGUUAAAAUUUUGGCCACAGCACCUAGCUUCCCCUUCCGCCGACACCAAAGGACAGAAAUGCAUAAUAGUAGUGAAUGUAGUUCAAUUUUUAUAUUUAUCAGUUCUCCUGGCAACGUG